AAUUGUAGCGAAGUGGCGAAAGAAGGACGCGUGCGCGAUUAUUCACGCGCCACUGGGAAUCUGCCUGCGUGCGUGCGUGCGUGCGCGUGAUGGAGGAGGAGCAGCAGCGGCUGAUGCGCGCUCACGCUGACGCUCAGGCGCGGGUCGGCAUGGACGGAAGUGGAAGUGGAAGUGGAAGUGGAGACAUCGGAGACAUUUUACAUGAAAUUAUGACCAUCACGGACCAAAGUCUGGACGAAGCUCAGGCCAGGAAACACGCUCUGAGCUGUGACCGCAUGAAGCCGGCGCUCUUCAGCGUGCUGUGUGAGAUCAAAGAGAAAACAGUGCUGAGCAUCCGUGGCCCUCAGGAGGAGGACCCCCCCGACACCCAGCUCAUGAGGCUGGACAACAUGCUGCUGGCAGAGGGCGUGUCCGGGCCGGACAAGGGCGGGGUCUCGGUGGCGGCCGCUGCGGCGGCGGCGGCGGCGGCGGGGAGCGGAGUCGCCACCGACAACUCCGUGGAACACUCGGACUACCGAGCCAAGCUGACUCAGAUCCGACAGAUCUACCACACCGAGCUGGAGAAGUACGAACAGGCGUGCAGCGAGUUCACGAGCCACGUGAUGAACCUGCUGAGGGAGCAGUCGCGCACCAGGCCCAUCUCGGCCAAGGAGAUCGAGCGCAUGGUGACCAUCAUCCAUCGCAAGUUCAACUCCAUCCAGAUGCAACUCAAGCAGAGCACGUGUGAAGCUGUCAUGAUCCUGCGCUCACGCUUCCUGGACGCCAGACGCAAAAGACGAAACUUCAACAAGCAGGCGACGGAGAUCCUCAACGAGUACUUCUACUCGCACCUCAGUAAUCCCUACCCCAGCGAGGAGGCCAAAGAGGAGCUGGCCAAAAAGUGCGCCAUCACUAUGGCACAGGUUUCCAACUGGUUUGGCAACAAAAGAAUCCGAUACAAGAAGAACAUUGGUAAGUUCCAGGAAGAAGCCAACGUGUACGCCGCCAGAACCGCCGUCAGUGCGGCAAACGCGUCGUCGUCGUCGUCGUCGCACAGAAGCCGAGCAAAUUCUCCCGCCACGCCAAACUCUGCAGGUUCCGCCGCGUCUUUUAACGCGUCCAACUCGGCCGACCUCUUCGCCGGCGUCCAGCCCCUCAAUGGCGACCCGUACCAGCCGGCUCAGGUGGGCGCCAGCGUCCAGGCGCAGGUGGACAGUCUGCGUCACGUCAUCAGCCAAAGGGGCGUGUACAGCGAGGGCCUGUCAGCCAAUCACAUGUACAGUCCUCAAGGCCUCAACACAAACGGCGGCUGGCAAGACACGCCCACCCCGUCUUCAGUGACAUCGCCCACAGAAGGACCCGGAAGCGUCCACUCAGACGCGUCCAACUGAUGUCCGAUUGGGACCAUUUGUACUCUUUGACUUCUGCGGUGCCACACAUCCUUUUGAUUGACACAUUUCACUUCCUGUCCUGUCUUUUUAAACUUCCCG